GGAGUCGGUUAUACCCUGCAGGUUCAGGGCGGGAGAGAUACAGGUGGCCGGAACCAGUUCGCGCGCUCUCUAAGAGUCUCCGCCGGAUCGUUCAAUCGCUUGGAUUCAUACUUGGUUGUGUUUCGAGCGGAUUGAGUUUCUGAAACAGUGAAAGAAAUGGGUUAUAUCGGAGCACAUGGCGUGGAGGCUCUAGGGAGAUACAAGUACCGGGGUGAGGAUCACUCUUUUGUGGCCAAAUAUGUCUUGCAGCCCUUCUGGAGCCGCUUUGUGAAUUUUUUUCCUCUUUGGAUGCCCCCAAACAUGAUAACUUUUGCAGGAUUCCUGUUUUUGGUCACGUCUGCACUGCUUGGCUAUGUAUAUUCGCCUCAUCUUGGUUCAGCUCCACCUAGAUGGGUUCAUUUUGCCCAUGGGUUACUCCUUUUCUUAUAUCAGACUUUUGAUGCUGUUGAUGGAAAACAAGCAAGAAGAACAAAUUCUUCAAGUCCAUUGGGGGAACUUUUUGACCAUGGAUGUGAUGCACUUGCAUGUGCGUUUGAAGCCUUAGCUUUUGGAAGCACUACCAUGUGCGGAAGGAAUACUUUUUGGUUAUGGGUAAUUGCAGCCGUUCCUUUUUAUGGUGCAACAUGGGAACAUUAUUUCACCAAUACUCUUAUUCUUCCUACUAUAAAUGGGCCUACAGAGGGUCUUAUGCUGAUCUAUGUAUCUCAUUUUUUUACAUCAUUUGUUGGUGCUGAGUGGUGGGCUCAACCACUUGGAAAAUCCAUACCAUUUUUUAGCUGGGUUCCACUUUUUCAUGAUAUUGCGACGAUUGGUGUUGUGAUGUUACUAAUGACAGCUUUUGGUGUUAUUCCAACUAUUACAUUUAAUGUGUCCAAUGUCCAUAAGGUUGUUCAGGGAAGAAAAGGAAGUGCGUUUCAAGCAUUUGCAAUGCUGUGCCCAUUUGCUGUUCUCCUUGGUGGCGUCCUGGUGUGGGAUUAUUUGUCUCCGUCAGACCUCAUAAAAAACUAUCCUCAUUUGGUUCUCACUGGAAGCGGCCUUGCUUUUGGAUUCUUAGUGGGAAGAAUGAUCCUUGCUCACUUAUGCGAUGAACCUAAGGGCUUGAAAACUGGAAUGUGCAUGUCACUUUUUUAUCUCCCAUUUGCGAUUGCAAAUGCACUGACGGCAAGACUUGGUGACGGGUACGUGACAAAGAUUCCCAUGUUUGAUGAGAGAUUGAUUCUAGUUGGUUACUUCAUCUACACAGCUGCUUUCUAUUUGCACUUUGCCACAUCAGUUAUUCGAGAGAUGAAGAGCUCUUUGGGAAUCCAUUGCUUCAGGAUAAUUAAGAAAGAGGCUUGAAACCUGUUGAUUUCCAUAUUGAAUAUCAGCUCUAGUUCAAAGGAAAGAUGUAUGAAGCCAUUUUAGAACCUUGGCUGUAAAGUCCAUGGUAUCUAAAUCCCAGUAAGGUAUCACUCUCUGUAUAGACUGUAAACGGAAUCCUAGAGCAGAAUUUCUGCAUAUGAUACUACUAGGUCUGUAAGUUUCAGAACACAUUCAGAAGUUUCUGAGUUUUUCUUGUUGUAGACAUAUAUAACAGCUACAUUAUGUUAAUGUCCAUAUUUUGUGGUUAUUAUUGUGUAUGAUCUGAAACGUCCAAAUCCAAUCAGUGAAUUCUGAUUAAA